CGUCUCUGAGAGAGAGAGAGAGAGAGAGAGAGAGAGAGAGAGCGUAUUAAAAAAAUAUAUAUCCACAACCAGGCACUAACCAGGACUUUGUGCAGAGUCCAGGGAGAGGGGCGAGGGAGAGUCCUUAGCAGUGAUCUCUGACAGAAUUAAAGACUUUUUUUUUUAAAGGUUGGCUUCUUCCUUUCUUUCAUGCGAAAGCCAUGAGUUCCUACUUUGUAAAUCCUCUUUUCUCCAAGUACAAAGGCGGCGAGUCCCUGGAACCAACUUACUACGACUGCAGAUUUCCACAAAGUGUAAGCAGGAGCCAUGCUCUCGUGUACGGACCCGGCACCACGGCGCCCAGCUUCCAGCACCCUUCACACCACGUCCAGGAGUUCUUCCACCACGGAACCUCCAGCAUCUCCAACUCGGGAUACCAGCAAAACCCCUGCGCCCUGGCGUGCCACGGAGACGCUUCUAAAUUCUAUGGAUACGAAGCCCUACCCAGGCAGUCGCUUUAUGGUGCCCAGCAAGAGGCAACCGUGGUACAAUAUCCUGACUGUAAAUCCUCUUCCAACAGUAACUCUAGCGAGGGACAAGGGCAUUUAAAUCAAAAUUCUUCUCCCAGUCUCAUGUUCCCAUGGAUGAGACCUCACGCUCCCGGAAGGCGCAGUGGCAGGCAGACUUACAGCCGGUAUCAGACCCUGGAGCUAGAGAAAGAAUUCCUCUUCAACCCCUAUUUGACACGGAAGCGGCGCAUUGAGGUCUCUCACGCCCUGGGACUGACAGAGAGGCAAGUCAAGAUCUGGUUCCAGAACAGGAGAAUGAAAUGGAAGAAAGAAAACAACAAGGAUAAACUCCCCGGAGCCAGGGACGAGGAGAAAACUGAGGAGGAAACCAACGAGGAAGAAGAAAAAGAAGAAGAGGAAAAAGAAGAAAGCAAGGACUGA